UUAAAAUGCUUCCUCCUCUUUGCCUGUCUGUAAGGUUGUAGCUUAGCAGCCGCAGCUAGCCGCCAGUCUGCUUUUUUACAUCUACAAGACUGACAGAGGGCAACGACGUGAUGGAAAUUGAUUCGCUUCAAGAAGCUCUCAGAGAUUUCGACAAGAAAGGAAAGAAGGAGCCAUCUCCUCUACUGGAACAGUUUCUAUGCCAUAUCGCCAAAACUGGCGAUACCAUGGUUCAAUGGUCUCAAUUUAAGAACUACUUUCUGUUUAAAUUGGAGAAAGUGAUGGAUGACUUCAGAGCCUCAGCACCUGAGCAAAGAGGUCCUGUGAAUCCCAAUGUGGAGUCUGUUCCAUUUGAAGAUAUGAAGGAGAGAAUUCUGAAGAUUGUGAACGGAUACAAUGGAAUCCCGUUCACGAUCCAGCGCCUGUGUGAGCUACUUACAGAACCUAAGAGGAACUAUACAGGAACAGAUAAGUUUCUUCGGGGGGUGGAGAAGAAUGUAAUGGUGGUAAGCUGUGUCCAUCCAAUCUCAGAGAAAAAUGGAUGCAGUGCUGUGAAUAGAAUGAAUGGAGUAAUGCCUCCUGGAAGCACAUCUGCGUUUACAGAGAGGAAAGUGAAUGGUCCAGGAACUCCACGACCACUGAACAGACCGAAAGUUUCUCUGGCCAGCUCACUAACAGCUAAUGGUCUGCCAGACAGCACAGACAACAAAGACACUGACACGGACCCAGAUGGCGACAAAGAUUCCAGGUAUGUCCGAAUUCUUAACACACCAGGAGCACACCCUGUCGAAAGCAUUAUUGGAGAACCAACUAGCAGCACGGCGGCCGAUGCAUGUGCAGACUCGGGCCAGGAGGCCGAGCAGGCCGAGAGGGAAGUGCCGUGCGGCUCAGAGGACGAGGGCAGCGACAUGGAUCAGACAGAGCAGCAGGCACCCACAGGCGACCUGGAAAGCCCCGAGACCAGCAGAGACAGUGAGGAGAGCAACAGUGACCCAGUCAUCAGCAGCAGUAGCAGCAGCGAUAGCAGCUGUAGCAUAGAGGAGAGAGCAGAAGCGGCCAGUGAAGAUGUAGCUCUCACUCCCUCCAGCAGUACAAGUGAACCUCCUACAGAGGGCGAUAUGGGAAGUGCCAUCUUAAACACUGGGAACACCGAGGAGCCUAUGGAGCAGGACUAGACUGAGAGCCUCCCCCUCCCUUUGCAGCCAUGUGUGACCAUAAACCAGCUUGUCCUUGACUCCAGCUUGACUGUCACUGGGAACGAGGACAGCACCUCAAACACAAGAAGAACGCCUCGUUACGCUUUGGACACUCCUCCAAAAUGGCUACCUGGCACUGAUGUGGGCAUCCCAAAAAUUUUUUCUUUUCCUUCUUUUUAACUGGAAUAUUUUAUUGAUCUUCCUCUCUUCUGUUUUUAAGUUUGCUUUUAAGUUUCCCUUAAAAGGGGGUUGGUUUCUGCAGCUGUGUUUUUGUUUUUGUCUCUUUCACUGGGGUUGUUUGAGUUCUGUGGUGGUCUGGUUGUUUAAUGCCACUCACUCCAGCCAUUUUGACAUUAUUACAGGAUUGGUAGUCUUUAACCGUAGUGUAGCACACUGCCAGGGUCAGAACAGAGCUGCAUCAGAUCGUCAUUAUUUAAGAAUUUCACAUGUAAGCUAAACAAACCAGCAAAUCUGUUCCUGACCUAAACUAUGGCAACCAACUAACCAACGUGUGUUCCACCAGAGAUGUGAGAUCCCCCCCGUGUCCUGUUUAACCCACCCCACAUUGAUACACUACCAAUCCUACUGAACAGUACUAUGACGGUCUACCUUGUAGAGGCGUCCUUUGUAAAAUGAUAUUUCGGAUGCAUAAAACCAACAUAAUUUAUGAUCAUUUCAAUGAGUUAUUUUGACGUAUAUUUGUUUUUUGUUUAGUUUCGUCUGCCAGUUGUAGUUUCCAAAUACCAGCUGUAAGUACAAAGAUCAGAUGCUUUCUUUGUAUUGUGAUGUCACCAUGUUGUUUCACCAACCGAUAUCCAGAGCAGUUUUCUGGAUCCAGUUCUACACUUGUUUCUGCAGCUGUACUUUUUGAUAUUUAGAAUUUUAAAUUUCUGUAAAGUAGAUUUUUUUGUAGAUUGUAAUACAGUAUGUGUUCACUGCCUUUGUGAAACCAUAUCUAAUUGUACAAUUUCUGUGUAUACUCUGAAUGCUUUUGCUUUCAAUGGGGUAUUCAGAAACAGCAAUAAAUGUUAACAUUUUUA